UACAAUUUAGAACAUGAUCUGUAAUAAAGCUUAAAGUUUAAUUUGGAAGUGAUGUAUUUAAGAAAUCAUUUUUUACAAUACAUUUUCUCCAGAUAUGUAAAAUAUAUUAGAUAUACCUCAGCUAUUUUCUGCAGGUUCUGGUAUUUUUCACAAGCCUGUAUUUUGUUUGCAUGUAACAUUAAAGUGUUUUUUUUCUAAAUAAAGAGCUUAUUUGGUUAGACUUUUAUAUAUAUUUCUCUCGGCGUGUCUCUCCACAACCAUGCAACAACCAAUCAGAUUUUUCUCUGAAUUUCCCAGUAGCAAAUCAGCGCUCUGAAGGCAGAAGCUGAAGAUUUGAGUGUUAAUUAAACAAAACUUUCUCAGCUGCGUGAUCAUGGGGAUUAAAUGCGAAACUGAGAAAAGGAACUUUUCCACAUUUUGUCACCUUACAACCACAAAUUGAAAUGUAUUUUAUUCAGAUUUUAAGUGAUAGACAAACAUGAAGUAUUGCAUAAGUGUGAAGUGGAACAAAAAUGACACAUGGGUUUAAAAAAAAAUUAUAAAAUAAAAAUCUGAAAAGUGUGACAUGCAAAAGUAUUUACUCUAAAGCCCAUAUAUAAAAUCCAGUGAAAUCAACUGCCUUCAGAAGUCAAUUAGUUAACACACAGAGGACACCAAUUACACCAAGGACAUCAAUUACAACAAGGACAUAAAUUACACCAAAGAUACUAACCACACCAAGGACAUCAAUUACAGUGAAGAUACCAAUCACACAAAAGACACCAAGAACACCAAUUACACUAAGGACACCGAUUAAACCAAGGACAUCAAUUACACCAAAGAUACUAACCACACCAAGGACAUCAAUUACAGUGAAGAUACCAAUCACACAAAAGACACCAAGAACACCAAUUACACUAAGGACACCAAUUAAACCAAGGACAUCAAUUACACCAAAGAUACUAACCACACCAAGGACAUCAAUUACAGUGAAGAUACCAAUCACACCAAAGACACCAAUCACACCAAGGACACCAAGAAGUCCCAAUUACACAGAAGAUACCAUUCGGACCAAGGAUACCAAUUACACCAAGGACACCAAUUAAACCAAGGACACCAAUCACACCAAGGACACCAAUUACUCCAAGGACACCAAUUACACCAAGGACACCAAUUACUCCAAGGAGUCCCAAUUACACAGAAGAUACCAAUCACACCAAGGAUACCAAUCCCACCAAAGAUACCUAUUGCACUAAGGACACCAAUUCCCAAAAUGCAUUGCAUUAUGAAUUGUUGACCUCACUAAUAACCUCUUUUCUAUAAUCCUUUGGUUGUAUUCACUGAAACUCUGACAGCAAGCACCGUACUUCCUGUGUACGCAGCUCUGAACUUCCUUUGUGGUUGAAGACACAGAGUCUAGUCUGUGCCCGACACAGAUGUUGAGGUUCAGAGUUACCCAUCUUCUCACGCUGUUCUUAUUGUAAUGCCAGUUCCAUAUUUGGUAAGGCUUUACUUUUCAACCAAUCACACUGAACCCACGCGUCUCUUUGUUCUGGUGUUCAGAGGUCUUCACCAGCCUGAACUCUCUCAGAAAAAACAAAGGAAAGCUGAUCUCUGAAAUUCAUCUGGAAAAACUCCUCACCUGUGGAUUAUUAUCAGUCAUAUUCUAACACGACUCUCUGAUCAGAAAAUGGCUGUAGCAUCUGCUGUGAUUGCUGGGGCAUCUCUGUUUGGCACCUCUGCUGAGCAGAUCUCCCGGAACAUCAACACAGGGAGAAAUGUCACCAUUCAAAUCUCCAAUUGCAGCAACAAAUACACCUUAGUAGAUCCGAGGACCUACACCUACAGCGGACAUUGUCACGAUCCUCCACAGCCGACCAUCAAAAAAAACACAAAGGAAGUUUGCUCUUUCACCAAAACUGCACACGCUGCCUGCGGUGCUGUUGGAGUCCUGACCUACCAGAUUAUCCCUGAUGAGAGAUGUAGAUGCAUCAGAGAACUGGCCAUAAUGUUCUCUGUGCCUUAUGAUUACAACCAUUAUGAAAACUUGUUUGCUCUGGGCAUUUUUCCAGCAAACCAUCCAUGUGAUUAUGAUCUGUACAACAAGAUGUAUUAUGAUAAAGGUGAAGAAUUCAAAAGACAAAAUGGUACAGGGAGUACCAUGACAUACACUAGUAAUGAUAUUGUUCUGAAGGGAACAAUGUCUCCUCAGGGCCAAUCAGUUAUGAAAGUAGAAUUAUGGAAUACAUGUUGA